AAAUUUGCCAUUUUUACUUGAGAUAAAAAAAAGUUGAAUUGCGAACAUAAAAGAUUGGAUAAAAAUAUUUGUACAAAAUUUUGUUGAUAAAAUAUUGUACUCACUCUCAUAAAAUUUGUGAAUCCCAUGUGAAUUUUAAAAAUGUCAGAUUCUAGUUGUAAGUAUUAAAUAAGGAAGUUUGUAAAAAAAAUUUGUAAAUGAUCCGAAAGAUUUAUUCAUUCGGAAAAAUACUUUCUUGGAAAAGGUGGGUAGUAAAAUGUCUUCUUAACCGCACCCUUUUUCUUUAGUCAUUUCGUUUUUCUUUCGAUUCAAGCUUCAAGGAAGCCCAAGAAAUUAUCUGCCAUCGACAACUUUAGAUUGAUUGUUCCUGCCUCUUCCACUCAUGCCAGAUGGCUCAUUCUGUUUUAAGAUCGUUCCUGAGAUUCCCGAGUGGUAAUAGUUGCAGUUUCAAAAAAUCUGCUGCUACCUCAUGGGGUUGUUACAACAGGUUUGAUCGAAACUAUUCAGUCUACCUUUUCAUAAGAAAUUCAAAACCAAGAGGGUGGUCGGUCAUGAGAACUGGUAUGCAUGAAGCUAAGUUUAAGUUCUCGACUAAUUCUGGUUCCAGUUCUUUAAGUAGUAAUACCAGUACUUGUGAGACUAAUGGUGGUCGAGAGUAUCUGAUGAUGACCGAUGAUCAGCUAAUAAGUCAGUGCGAGAUGAAUACUUUCAAGUCAUCAGGACCAGGAGGACAACACCGUAACAAGCGUGAGUCUGCAGUGCGUCUGAAGCACCUUCCAACCAGUAUUAUUGCUCAGGCUGUGGAGGAUAGAUCACAACACAAAAAUCGUUCUUCAGCCCUUGCUCGCUUGCGUACGCUUUUAGCUCUUAAAGUGAGGAAUACCGUGGAUCUUGAUGCAUAUUUGCCUCCUCCGGAACUUGUGCAAAUUCUUCCUGCAAAAUCAACUGUAAGGGGAUUGUACCAGGGUCAUCAAAUUGGACCAAAUAACCCGAAAUUUGUUAUGGGAAUGCAGGCUUUACUUGACCUAAUUUUUGCAGUCGAGGGGUCUGUGGCAGAUGCUGCUAAGAAGUUAGGGUUGAGCACUGGGGCAUUAUCACGGUUGAUUUUAUCUGAUGAUUCUCUUCGAAUGGCGGUGAAUGAAUUAAGGGCUAGUAAGGGUAUGAAGCCUCUUAAAUAGGAAUUUCUGGUAGCAGUCAAAUGUUUCAGGUCUUUUUCGAAGUUGAAGUAAACGAAGUGGAUCAUAUUAUUUUCAGUUUUGUUAUUAUUCUCCACGAGCGCUUCAGAGAUUUACAAGGCAGUUUUUAGAAUGCAACUGAUAGACAGUUGGAAGGAAAUAGGUUCAACUUUUCCUAGUUGACUCCUUUUCCAUCUCUAGUUGAUUAGCAAGUACUUUUUCCUGUUUGAUUAUCUUAAAUUAAUACUGUACAGCAUAAUGAAUUAUGGUGACAUUGAUUUAAGUGAAACAGGGAUAUAUUCAUUUGUUAAAAUUUCUUGGUUGUA